UCACUCCUGUGUUUCCCUGAAGCUGACUGAAGCUUGCUCCCAGCUUUGCUGCAAUAACACAGCAUUAAUUGAUGAAUUCUUGUCCACAAACAUGACAGGCGAUGAAGCAGCUGCAGCAGAGCAUGCUGUGAGGGAUGAAGGGAGUGGAGGUGUGCAGUACGGCGCUCUGCUCUGGCUGUGGGGCUCAGCAUGCAGAGAUGGGAUUCAGCAGCUACCACUGACUCUUUACCUGAUUCUUCCUCAUGGCUUUCCUCUGCCCUGCUUCUAUACUGCCUUUUUAAUGACCAGCCAUUCUCUUUCAGCCACACACCCAUCUGCAGAUCCCUUCCCCCUUUCUUCCACAGCAGCUCAUCGGUGUCAUCCUAGAUUAAGCAGCACUGCAGGAUGUGAGGGGAAAAAGGGAAGGCUUAAGGAUGGCCAAAGGAUUUGUGGAUAUGUCAGAGGAAGACAGCAGCGGUCAUGGAGGAGGAAGGCACAGCAGAGCCAUCUUUUGUGGACGUUGAUAAGGGCCUGACCCUCACCGGCGUGACCUUCCUCUGCCUGCUGCUGAUAGCAAUGAUCAUACGCUGCGCCAAGGUCAUCAUGGACCCUUACAGCGCCAUUCCCACCUCCACAUGGGAAGAGCAGCACUUGGACGACUAAUACUUUCACCCACACAAACAGUUUGCAGAUCAUGUGUUCCCACUGGACAAACCCAGCAGGGUCUUCCCCCAGCAGGAAGCAGGGAUCCUCUUUCCAUUGGUUUUGGGAUCUCUAUCUAUUUCAUCUGCUAGAUUCAAAAUGUAAACUGCAAUUCACUCUGUGUGCAACAGAAAAGGAGCACACAGUUGAUUAUUAGGAGCUUAACUUUUUUCCUUCACGCAGGCAGCACCAAAAUGCCAUGUGCACAUGUGCAGAGCCUCACAGCUCGUAAAGUCACAGAGCUCUUCUCAGUCAUCACAUAAACCAGUCAGCAUAACAUUGUCAGGACAGUUCUUCACAUGUCAGUGUCCUGUGACCUACUGUAGGGCCUUCCAAAAAAGUAAAAACCAACCACUGGACUUUGUUUCCAAGUUUGAAGACGUUUCUCUUCCAUCCAGGAAGCUUUUUCAAUUCCAAAUGUCAGA